GGCAGCGCCCUGGGAGCAGGCAGAGCCCUCUCGCCCCGUCGGCUCUCCUCAUGCCAGGAGUUAUGCUGCAGAGGAGCAGGCUGUUGUGGCUUGCUGUCUUGAUAACCCUGUGGGUUUCCUCAGAUGCUCAGGAUGAUGCCAAAGAAGAGGAGAAUACCUUUGAUUUACUUCAGAUCAGUAACAUAAACCGAAAGACAAUUGGAGCAAAAUUGUUUCGGGGUCCAGAUCCCGCUAUCCCAGCAUAUCGUUUCAUUCGGUUUGACCAUAUACCUCCAUUUAAACCAGAGAAGUUAAAAAAGAUUGUUAAACUCAUACGGCAAAAUGAGGGCUUUAUUCUUUCAGCCAUCCUGAGACAGGACAGGCAAUCUAGAGGCACUAUCCUUGCUUUAGAAGGUCCUGGCAUCAGUGAGAGGCAGUUUGAGAUAAUUUCCAAUGGCCGAGCCAACACCCUGGACCUCAUUUAUUGGGUGGAUGGCUUCCAGAAUGUGAUUUCCCUGGAAGACGUGGACCUUGCUGACUCGCAGUGGAAGAAUCUCACCGUGCAAGUAGCAGGAGAGAACUACAACCUCUAUGUUGGCUGUGACCUUAUCGACAGUUUCAUCCUGGAGGAGCCUUUCUAUGAGCAACUGAAAGCAGAGAACAGCAGAAUGUAUGUGGCGAAAGGAUCCAUUCGGGAGAAUCAUUUCAGGGGUCUUUUACAAAAUAUUCAUUUAAUCUUUGAUACUUCCAUAGAGGAUGUUCUACGUAAAAAAGGAUGCCAGAGGAGCCAAUCAACUGAAGUGAACACCAUCAAUGAGAGCACUGAAAUCCUUCACUUGAGCCCUGCUGUCACGACUGAAUAUGUAGGUGAAAAAACAGAGAAGAAGGCUGAGUUCUGCGACCGGUCCUGUGAAGAGCUGGGAACAAUGUUCACUGAGCUCACUGGCCUGCGCAUUGUGGUGAACAAUUUAGCUGAUAACCUCCAAAAAGUGUCUGAAGAGAACCAAAUUAUGUGGGAAUUGAUUGGGCCUAACAAAACACUCAAGAACCAAUCAGUUUGCUGGCAGGAUGGCAGAGUCUUUGCAGAUAGUGAAAGCUGGAUUGUAGAUAGCUGCACAAAGUGCACCUGCCAGGACUCUAAAAUUGUGUGCCAUCAAAUCACUUGUCCACCAGUUUCUUGUGCUGAUCCAUCCUUUAUUGAAGGUGAAUGCUGUCCAGUCUGCUCUCACUCUGAUGAUAGUGAGGAAGGCUGGUCACCCUGGUCAGACUGGACAAAGUGCUCAGUUACCUGUGGCUCUGGGACUCAGAUGAGAGGAAGGUCUUGUGAUGUCACCAGGAGUGCUUGUACAGGCCCACACAUUCAGACAAGAAUGUGUAGCUUCAAGAAAUGUGACCAUCGGAUACGUCAGGAUGGUGGUUGGAGUCACUGGUCUCCCUGGUCCUCAUGUUCAGUUACUUGUGGAGUAGGAAAUAUCACCCGCAUCCGCCUCUGCAAUUCCCCUAUUCCCCAGAUGGGUGGGAAAAACUGUGUUGGAAAUGGACGUGAAACAGAGAAAUGUGAGAAGGCCCCAUGCCCGGUGAAUGGCCAAUGGGGUCCUUGGUCUCCAUGGUCUGCUUGCACUGUUACCUGUGGAGGAGGACUCCGUGAGAGGUCUCGCCUCUGUAACAGUCCAGAGCCACAGUAUGGAGGAAAGCCGUGUGUGGGAGAUACUAAGCAACAUGAUAUGUGCAAUAAGAGGGAUUGCCCAAUUGAUGGCUGUUUGUCAAAUCCUUGCUUUCCUGGAGCAGAAUGCAACAGUUACCCGGAUGGAUCUUGGUCAUGUGGGCCGUGUCCAGCAGGUUUUCUUGGCAAUGGCACAGUCUGUGAGGAUCUUGAUGAGUGUAUAGCUGUGUCAGAUGUUUGCUUUAAGGUGAAUCAGGUCCAUCGCUGUGUGAACACGAAUCCGGGUUUCCACUGCUUGCCAUGUCCUCCACGUUAUAAAGGAAGUCAGCCCUAUGGAGUAGGGCUAGAAGUUGCCAAGACAGAGAAGCAAGUCUGUGAACCUGAGAAUCCGUGCAAAGACAAGACACACAGCUGCCAUAAAUCUGCAGAGUGCAUCUAUCUAGGCCAUUUCAGUGAUCCUAUGUACAAAUGUGAAUGUAGGACAGGUUAUGCUGGUGAUGGACACAUCUGUGGUGAGGAUUCAGAUUUGGAUGGAUGGCCGAAUAAUAACUUGGUCUGUGCUGCUAAUGCUACAUAUCAUUGUGUGAAGGAUAACUGCCCCCUCCUGCCUAACUCUGGCCAGGAAGACUUUGAUAAAGAUGGCAAAGGAGAUGCCUGUGAUGAGGAUGAUGACAAUGAUGGUGUUGAAGAUGACAAAGACAAUUGCCCUCUUCUGUUCAAUCCUCGUCAGUUUGAUUACGACAAAGAUGAAGUUGGUGACCGCUGUGAUAAUUGCCCUUAUGUGCACAACCCUGCACAGAUUGACACGGAUAAUAAUGGGGAGGGUGACUCAUGUGCUGUGGAUAUUGAUGGAGAUGACAUCUUUAAUGAAAGAGAUAAUUGUCCUUACGUUUAUAAUACAGACCAGAGUGAUACAGAUGGUGAUGGAGUUGGUGAUCAGUGUGAUAACUGUCCGCUAAUGCAUAAUCCAGACCAGACUGAUGCAGAUAAUGACCUUGUUGGUGACCAGUGUGACAACAAUGAGGACAUUGAUGAAGAUGGCCACCAGAACAACCAAGAUAACUGCCCUUACAUCCCCAAUGCUAACCAGGCUGACCAUGAUAAAGAUGGUAAAGGGGAUGCCUGUGAUCCUGAUGAUGACAAUGAUGGGAUUCCAGAUGACAGGGACAAUUGUCGCCUCAGAUAUAACCCUGAGCAGGAGGACUCUGAUGGGGAUGGCAGAGGUGAUAUUUGCAAAGAUGACUUUGACAAUGACAAUGUUCCGGAUAUUUUUGAUGUAUGUCCUGAAAAUAAUGCCAUCAGUGAAACUGAUUUCAGAAAGUUCCAGAUGGUCCCUCUGGACCCCAAGGGAACAGCUCAGAUUGAUCCCAACUGGGUUAUUCGCCACCAAGGCAAGGAACUGGUACAGACUGCCAACUCUGAUCCUGGAAUAGCUGUAGGUUACGAUGAGUUCAGCUCUGUUGACUUCAGUGGCACAUUCUAUGUUAACACAGACCGUGAUGAUGACUAUGCUGGCUUUGUUUUUGGCUACCAGUCCAGCAGUCGGUUUUAUGUUCUAAUGUGGAAGCAGGUCACUCAGACGUACUGGGAGGACAAACCCACCAGGGCUUAUGGCUAUUCUGGUGUGUCGCUCAAGGUAGUGAAUUCAACAACUGGUACUGGUGAACACUUGAGAAAUGCUCUUUGGCAUACAGGAAACACCCCCGGACAGGUGCGCACUUUAUGGCACGAUCCUAAGAACAUUGGCUGGAAAGAUUAUACUGCAUACAGGUGGCAUUUGAUUCAUAGGCCUAAAACAGGACUAAUAAAAGUUCUAGUGUAUGAAGGGAAGCAAGUCAUGGUGGAUUCUGGACCAAUCUAUGAUACAACCUUUGCUGGUGGACGAUUAGGUCUUUUUGUCUUCUCUCAAGAAAUGGUCUAUUUCUCUGACCUCAAAUAUGAAUGCAGAGAUGCUUGAGCAAUGGUUGCUGCAUUACCAGCAAAGUACUGUAAAUGCUAUGCAACCUAGACACCUCAGUACAUCCUGGUAUUCCCAUUUUUUUUAUUUUUGUGUACCUCCUUCCUCGUCCUCUGUCCACAUGCUCUAGUGACCAGGAAUGCUCCCUGCUGCCAGGAAUGCCUCAGCCAUCCCUCCACCCAAGUGCCUUCUCACAGCCAGGACUAAUUAAAUCUAAAUGUGAGCGUCUGACCCAGCACAGAAGCAAAAGCAAAUUGAUACUUCAGAACGCUUUUCUAGAGUGACAACUUAGCAGAACAUGUUUGCUUGUAUUAUCUAAGGGAGUAAGAUAUGAAAAUGUGUAUAUGGAUAUAUAUAUGGAAAAGAAAAAGGGGAGAUGAUGAUUAUCAGUCAUCCUCUUUAAAUGAGGAAAAGCAGUGUUUGAAUAACUUUAUAGGUGUAUGGUUGAUGCUUUCUUCUUUUGUUUGGGGCUGGACUUCACUAAUACUGGGUAGUAAAGUAACAGAUGACCACGCCAAUAGUGUCUGUAUUAACAAUGAAAAAGCUUUUGGAGUAUAAAGUGAAGGUUAAUUAUGAAGAUUUCUUGAUCUGAGAUGUCCUUUAGUUGAUGAGGAUGCUCUUAAUAACUCCCAUUAAAAUUAUAGUUGUUAGAAACGUCAAAUUGCCAACCGAAAGCAUUGCCUAGUAUCGGAGAGUACAUUCAGGCCAAAGAGAACUGAACUGGAAACUCCCAUGUGAAAGGGAAGAGUGAUUCAUUUAAGAGUCCAAAGCUGUCACCAUUGCCUGACUUUUAUGAAAUGAUUUCCAGUUUUUUCAUUUCCAUUAUGUCUUGUGUUCUUUCAUAAUAGUUAAAAAUAAUAAUAAUAAUAAUCACAUGGCCAUGUGGAGUGAAACAAGCCCAAACAACUUUCCCACCACUGUUACAAAAAGCACUUUGACAUCCAGUAUCCAGAUCUGGGAUUUUGAAAAGGUGGCAACACCUUUUCCAUCUGUUACUUAAUUUGGUAGUAUAAGAGAUUAAGGUUCCACUUAUAAGUAUUUUGUUAAUAUUUAUUAUGAUUAUCACACUGAGCUACCUUCUCUGAUAAUUUAUUUUAAAGCAUGUCAUAUGAUGCAUCAGUAAUACAUUUAUGAAUAAUGAUAUUCUAAAGCUGUUUCUAAAAGUGUAUCACAACAUGUAGAUAUGGUCGAAGCAUGAUAUACACCUAAGUAUAGUUUCGUGGGUUAUAUUCAAGUAUUCUUUAAAGUUAAAUGAAUAAUAAUGAGGAAUUUAUAAAUGGAACCUUAAUAUAUAUCCUGUUACCUUAAGUUUAUUAUCUUACAUUGUUACCUGUCUGCUGUAUAUAGAACUUCUUAAAAUAAUGCUGAAGGGCUACCAGUGUUUAUUCUAAACAGAUACAACAGUUACUCAGAUAUACAAUAGUAUAAACAUGUUUAACAUUUUGUUUUAAGUUGUAUGAGCUUUAUUCACAAAAAGAACACUUGCUGGUGUAAUUUUAUUCAUUGAUGAAUUUACUAAUGGAAUAAGAUGUUACCUCUGCCUUCUUAUUGGGUACAAUGAGCUAAAUACCGAAUCAACUUUUUCUCCCUUGAAAUAGAUUUUAUUACUAUGUUCAAUUAGAAAGAAAUCCACAGUUGCUGACUUUGUUGCACAUUUUAUAGUGGUCAUAUUAUCAAAUCUACUUUGGUUGGCUGGUUUUGUUUUUGUUUGUUGUUGUUGUUUUUUUCCAAAUCCUCUUCAUGAGGUUUUGAAGUGUGUUUCAGCUUUUUUUUGGUGUUUCAAAUUGUAUCCCUGAGUCCCAAGCAGAAGGGAGGGUGACUUCAUUAAAUGUAAUGAUUGUAAUGGCUGUGUAGGGUUUUUUGUUUUGUUGAAGAGAGACAUCAGUAUAGGGAUGAAGAUGUUAAUAUUUGGAUUGUAUCAUGUUUCCUAUUCUAUGUAAAUUAUUUAUGAUGUUUUUCUUUUAUUUCUUUUUUCAUUUUUUUCUUUUGCAAGUGUGUGUGUGUGUGGGGGGGGGAGUGAGAGAGAAAGAGAUUAAUGAAAUUUCAUUUUGUUUUGCCGAAGAUUGUAAAUAAUUAUUUAUUUGUUUACAUGGACGGAAAUUUAUCAUUUAACGUCCUGAUUCAUUUAGUCAGAUCCUCAUCUAUAUCUAUCUAUCUAUAUAUUUUUUAAGAAAUUAAUGAUAGGAAAUAAACUGUAAAAGGUUUUAAUAAAAAAAAUUCUCUUUACCUUUUUUAUAGUUUAAAUGUUUCUUUAAAGGAAUAUUCCAUUCCACAAGGCCCUUUGUUAGAUAACUUCUUGCCUUGCUAUAAACCAGCUCAUUUUAAACUGACCAAUAAAUCUGCUGCUUGGCUACAGCUUGACAAUUGUCUUCUCAGAUUAUAAAUGACAGGUUUCCUUCUCUCAUUGACAAGAGACAGUUCCACAUAAUACUUUGUCUGGCAAACUAUCUCAAGUUUUACUUAUUGUGAGUGAGAAAUUUUGGUCCUACUUAUUUAUUUGUUUGUUUGUUUGUUACAUUUGUAUACACAUUUUUGGUUUUGGAUCUUGGCUGAUGCAUUUGAACAAAUAUGUGAUCCUGGUCUGCAACUGCUUCUGCUGCAUGUCCCAUUUAAGUCACUGGGAUAUGUUUGCAUGAGCAAGGAUUGCCUUCCUGCUGGAGACUUCCAGGAAUGAGUGCUUAGUGAUAAUUCAGAGUAAGAUACAAGAAAUUCUUAGCAUGAGAGGUCUUCACCAUCACUAUGAACCCCACCCAGGGAGGGGUAUUUGAAUUGGAUUAGGAAAAGUCAGAAUGUCCAGCAUGCCAAAAUGCCAGUUUUUAGGUGUGAACUGUAGUCAUCUCCUCUUACAAAUAAUACUAGUUAUUAAUUUUCCUCAACCUGACCAAUAGUGUGUCACUGUUUGCUUUCCUUUGCUUGUGCUUCCAGAGCUGGAGUAUUCAGACCAUUACACAAAAAAACUGUAUACUCUCCAGUACCAUCUUGUGAUGAAGCCUUUAAGCUAAUACAAAUAUCCAGGCCUGUUGAGAGUGGCUCUUUCCUGUUUAUGUUGCAAAGAUUAAAGUGAUUGGCAUUGUUCGGGAAUAUAGUGAUCAAGAUCUUUGUUACCUAUGUUCUCAAGAGUCUCUUACAGGCAUCUAUGAGAACAAGGUUGUUGCUAGUUUUGGGAAUGAAUUCUUUAUAAUGACUUGAAAAGAAUGAAGAGGAAAAAAACUCUUCAUGGCAACCAAACCAAAAUCAGACCCAGGGAAAUAAAACCAAUAAACAACUGAAACCAUAGCAACACUGCACUACUAACAGUGUCUCUGAGAAAGAAGCAGCGAAUAGAGGACCAAAAAAAGCAGUAACACCACCUGAACUCUCUACUUAGAUCUCCAUACAGAUUUUUGAAAAUGUUCAUGAAUAUUUGGAUAAUUUUGGAAAAACGAAUUUUAAAUUUUGGCAGCCUCUGCAAUUCUUGUUUACUGAGACAUAGGGUUAUGAAAGAAAGGUCUGAAAUCCCUGGAGAGAAGCUGAUUUUUUUAUUAAGGGGAGAUGGUGUGGGACCUGGAAUCCUUUGGAUGUCAGGGGGGAAAUUGUUUACAGAGAGAGUGGUGAGGUGCUGGAAUAGGCUGCCCAG